GUCCAUAACGUUGGCACCGUGGCACCCGGGCCAUGGCUCUUCAACCACCCGUGGGCAGAGCCAUCCGCACAUCAGUGGCGUCCAUUGGUGCUGCCUUGGACCAUGCGGUGGACGCAGUGACCAUGACUCACUCGCCCGUCCAGUCGAUCUCAGGCGCCUCAGGGGUGCCGAGUCGACACCGGGUCAGACCCACGAUGGACAUCCCCGGCACCAGUAUGUCAAGCAUGACGCACAACGAGCACCAUCGUUUGCGCACGCUGAGCAGCGAUAUGGAAAGCUUGGGAUCUUCCAGGGAGCACACCAUGGAAUGGAAGCUCCCCUCGGAAGAGCAGGUGUAUGAGAAACUGCCAUGGACCCGUGGAGCUUUGUUCAAUACGGUGGUGUCCACGGCCAUCUUUUUGAAUACCGUGUGGUUGGGGAUCGAGACCGAUUUGCAUCACCCAGAGGUCUACGAGAAUCAAUCACUGGAUCCCUGGACGGUCGUGAACUAUUGCUUUGUGUUCUUUUUCUGUGUGGAGCUACUGAUUCGAAUCUAUUCUCGAACCUGGUGGCCCUUCAUCACGGACAAUUGGAAUAAGUUUGACUUCCUCUUGGUGGUCUUAUCCGUUCUCGAUACCUUUGUCUUGGUGUACAUCUCCGAUGGCUCAGGCAGCUUAAGUGCGCUACGAGUCCUCCGAGUGCUGCGAGUCGCACGGGUGUUGAGACUCCUGAGAUUCUUCAGACCUCUAUGGCUGUUGGUCAUAGGUGCCGUAGACGCCAUGAGAGCUUUGUUGUGGGCUUGGGUUCUCAUAUCUAUUUUAAUCUAUAUUUUUGCCAUCCUCCUCACGCGGACGGUGGGUUUCCCCCACAAAGAAGCAGAUGCGGAAAUCGAUCGAUACUUCGGCAACAUCCUCUACAGCUCCUUCACUCUCUUCCAAGUGAUGACGCUGGAAGGUUGGCCCACUGUCGCGCGAAAAGCAAUGGAGUUCGAACCAUGGACCUGGAUGGUUUUUGUGGCAUUCUUGCUCAUCACGACCUUUUCCAUCAUGAAUAUGAUCGUAUCAGUCAUCGUGGACAGCACCUUGGAAGCGGCCCUGGAUCAGAAGUUGCAGGCCAUGCGCGACCAGGAGUACCACACCAGCAUGGCCACGGUCAAGGUGGAUGAGGUCUUCAGACGAGCAGAUGGGAAUGGUGAUGGCCAUAUUACCAAGGAAGAGCUUAUGCAAGCCCUGCUGAAGCCAGAUGUACGAUUAUACCUCAGAGAGGUUGGGAUUGACAUCACCAACGCAGAGUUUAUCUUCGACGUGGUGGAUUAUGAUGGUUCCGGCAAACUCGAGUACAAGGAGUUUGCCAUGGCUUUGGUGAAGGCGCGCGGGGAAGCGAAAGCCCAAGACGUUCUGGCGCUGCAGUGCGACCUCUGGCGCAGAGAGUGGGGUCUCCGCCAGGAUCUUUGUGUGAAAGUCGACGAACGUCUUAAAGCCGUGGAUCAAGCAAUUGAAUUGCUCCAGAGUGACUUGCAGAUUCUGGAUCGUGCAAUGGCCGAACAUGAGUGAGAUUCUGGGUGCCUUUCCAGGCGGUGAUACGGUCUUGUAGUUGUUCCCCAAAGGGGAAUGGCUAAGGAGUGGCUGGUUGGGUCCAGCAUGGUCCAGCAGGAAAUUCCAG